GAAGAAACUUGUAGCACCUCUCUCUCUCCCCCCCUCUCUCUCUCUCUCUCAUAAAAAAACCAAGCCUAGGCCACUGCUUUCUCCAAUGCAAUUGUCUUCUUCACAUCCAACAUCACUGUCGAUGUUAUUGUACUCUCUCUCCCUCUCUGCUUAUUUCCUUGUGGUCCUUCCUCUUUAUAUAUCUCUCUCAGCGCUUCCUCUAUAGAUUAUACCUAACAACACUUGCCUUCUUCCUCGAGAGAGCCUAAGCUUUGCUCUAAGCAAAAACUCUUCCCACUUGUCUCUUUUUGGGUUAACUCUGCUUCUAUAUUAAAUCCCUCAAACCCAUUUUUUUUGACAGACAUAGACACCAUAUUCUAGGGAUGUCUAGCAGAAGGUCGAGGCAGUCAGGGUCUUCGAGGAUCUCAGAUGAUCAGAUCAUUGAACUUGUGUCCAAGUUGCAGCAACUUCUUCCUGAGAUUCGAAAUAGGCGUUCAGACAAGGUGUCAGCUUCCAAGGUCCUACAGGAGACCUGCAACUACAUUAGAAGCUUACACAGAGAGGUGGAUGACCUAAGCGAACGACUGUCCAGGUUACUGGCUACAGUCGAUGCUGAUAGUCCUGAGGCUGCAAUAAUCAGGAGUUUAAUUAUGUAAUGAACCCUUGUAUUUUUCUUAUCGUACUUCUUCCUAGGGUUUGGUCACUUAACCAAACAAGGUUCAGAAUUAAGUUCUAAGGUAUUCUGGGUACUAUGAUUGAGACAUAUAAUAAAAGGGUUUGCACUUGCUAAGGCUUUUAUAUAAA